AUGCACCACUCUCGGUUGUCUCAGUGAAUUCAGUGCCUAAAAUCAGAUCUAAGAAGAUUGAAACUAGAGUUAAGGUUUUCAACCAAAGAGAGGUUUCUUCUGUUCAUCUCAAGCUGGUUAGAAACCAUGGUGGUAGAAGCCGGUUAACAAUAUUGAAUGCUGCAGGGUUGUCUGAGAUUGAACCUGAUCUCAAUGAAGACCCUAUUGACAGAUGGGCCACCAACAGUGUCAGCCCUGAAGAUUUUAAGUAUGGGGAAUAUGAUGAGCACCACACAUACUUUGAAGGAGAUGAGAAAGGAACAUUUUGGGGAGCAAUUGCAGAUGACAUUGCCGCUGUAGAACCUCCUACAGGGUUCCAAGGGGGAGUACUUGUACAUUGGAGCUGCUGUCUUUACGGCUAUAUUUUGUAUAAUUGAGAUGGAUAAACCCGAUCAGCCUCAUCACUUUGAGCCUCAGAUAUAUAACAUGGAGAGGGGAGCUCGUGAUAAGCUAAUCAAUGACUACAAUACUAUGAGCAUAUGGGAUUUUAAUGAGAAAUAUGGAGAUCUCUGGGAUUUCACUAUCAAGAAGGAUGAUAUAACAAAGAGAACUUCUCCUGAGCAAAGAGAAUUGUAAUUAUUAGCUAUUGCUAUGUGAGCAUGGAAGGUAUAGUUUUCUUUUUCGCCAUUUUUUUCCUUCUCUUUACUUGUUCUUCACAAGUGCAAAUUCUCUGUUUUGUAAAGCUUGUGCCCUUAUGCAGUGAGAGCAAAAUGUUAUCCCAAGUCCCCAACUCCAAACUGAAAGCUUCAAUAUAUAUAGUUUAAUUUUGGUUCUUCACUAAAAUUGACUGCUCAAAUUCUGUUUGAUAGCAAUCUUAGUCUUAAGAGCUAGACUGCCACUGUCCAUCAUAGAGCUGAGAGUGGUGGAAGUGACUUUUGUUAUACUUGCUUAAGAAGGUUAGUAAAAUGCCACAGAUCAGGAUCCAUCAUUUGUUUUUGAAGUGAUAAAGUUCAGAGAAUGAAAUCAGACGAAACUUUCAUGCAAAUUCUAGCAACUCGUAACUUUACAUGGUAGCAUUCAGAAUAGUUCUCCAAUUCUUUCAUUUGCCAUGCUCAUUCUUGCCUAAAUUUCUGCUUUCUUAUCCACUGACAAACUUUCUUCAUCAUCUUCUGCCAGUAAUGUUUUAUGAAAUAGGACCUUGAAUGCAGCAGUACUUGAGUUUGUUUUGUAAUGUCUAGGUCUCCCUCUUCUUUGAAAGAUUUUCUCUAAUUCUGGUCCUAUUUUGAUAUGAGGACUUUUAUGCCCCAUUGCAGACAAAAUUUAUGUAAGCAGUCACUAUUAGUCUUGAUUUUGUAAGAUGUCACCACCUUUCUUGUAGAACACUGGCAUCUCCUGUAGAGACUACUCGAAGCAAGAAGCUGUCAAUGCCAAAAAUCCAACUCAACUUGGAUAUGAAAACUUUUCUUGCGUUUCAAAUAUAGAAUUUGAAUUUUCAAAAGCACCAUCUUUUUCAAGUCUUCCAAAGCUUUAUCACAAAUUGGAUCUUAGGUUAUGCGUUCAGGAGUAGUAGUUCAUUAGUCAUUACCAAAACUUCACCAUGACUAAAUUAACCAUGAACAUAGUAUUGUCAGCGUCAAUGUAUUAGUUCUCUGAUGUGAGGUAAUUAAUUGAGAUAUUUGUUUGAUGACUGAUUCUCUCCCGACGGCAAGUACUUUAUUGGCUACUAUUUUUCAGCAUUCAGCUCAGAAGUCACGGCCACUCAAAAAAAUUAUUAAUCAGUUGAAUAACUUUCAGUUGAAACUACUACAACCAAACACUUGACUUGGAGAUGCCUAAAAAUUUCUAGUCUUUCCAUUUACCAGAUUCGUUUGCUUUCAGAUUUGGCAGAUUUCACUUUACAGUGAAAAGGGUUAGCAUCAAGCCAGCUUGUGCAAAGAUUGUUGCUUGCUUCAAAUGCUGUAGAAUCAUCAAGAGUGAACAACUCAAACCUUAUCUCAUCUUGAAUGAUCAAACUCAGCAUACUAGGUUUUCCAUGGCGCAGUCAAAAUUUAUGACCCAAGCAAUUAUAUUUCUGACGAAAGCAGAGAAAUAUACAUAUAAAUAUCCCUCGUGCUGGCAUCUGAUUGCCGUAUCAAUUCUUCAAUUCUUGCAGGUGGGAACUCAUCCACCAUGUUGUAGGACCCAAACCCCUUAGAAAGUAAUAUUUUAUUUUCAGGGGCAGCUUGAUUGUCAACAAAAGACUACAAGCGUUCCUAGUUUCACUUUCCCUAGUUUCCAUACUUGAGGCUAUUUGCAGAUCAUUUACAAACCAACAAGCUGAAGCUCGAAGCCGAACCAAGAAACAGAGCAAAAAUGAGAACCAAACCCCACCUCGUCUCUUUCUCUUGUCUGCUUCUAUUCUUUCUCUUCCACCGUUUGGUCCGUUCCCAACUCCCACCAAACAUCACAGGCUACAAUUGCACAGCCAACCAGACCACUUAUCCAUGCCAAACCUAUGCUUUCUACCGAGCCACUGCUCCUGACUUCCUUGACCUGGCUUCCAUUGGGGACCUUUUCCAUGUCAGUCGUCUCAUGAUAUCAGAACCCAGCAAUAUUUCCUCCCCAUCCUCUCCUCUCAUCGCUGAUCAGUCCCUCUUUGUCCCCAUAACAUGUUCGUGCAACCCCACAAACGCAACUUUUGGUAGUCUUUCAGCUGCCAACCUCACUUACACAAUCAAAGCUGGUGAUACUUACUAUAUCGUGUCAACCACUAAUUUUCAAAAUCUCACCACUUACCAAUCUGUUGAAGUUUUCAAUCCUACUUUCGUCCCUACCCAACUUGACAUAGGUGACAAAAUUGUCUUUCCAAUCUUUUGCAAAUGCCCUAAUGAAACACAGGUGCAAAAUGGAGUGAAUUACCUUGUUUCUUAUGUGUUUCAGCCUUCUGACAACGUAUCAUCAGUUGCUUCAAGGUUUGGAGUUCAAACUCAGGCUAUAACCAAUUUAAAUGGCAAUAACAUUCAGCCCUCGGACACCAUAUUCAUUCCGGUCAAUCAACUACCUGUAUUAUCUCAGCCUGAGGUAGCUCCUGCAGCCUCCCCCGGAAAGACUGAGAGGAAAGGGGUCAUUGUAGGAUUGGCAAUUGGGUUAGGAAUUUGCGGAGUGUUGUUGGUUUUGUUCUUUGUGGUGUUGCUUCAUAGAGAGGUUUUGUCCAAGAGAAGGGAUAUGGAAGAUGCGGAGAGGCAGAAGCUAAAGUUUAAUCGGCCUGGGAUGGGGAUGAAGGGAAUGGAAGUAAAUUUGAUGGCAGAUGUAUCAGAUUGCUUGGAUAAGUACAGGGUGUUCAAAAUUGAAGAACUUAGAGAAGCCACUGAUUACUUUAGUGAGAGUUGCUUGAUUCAAGGAUCUGUGUACAAAGGGUCCAUUCAUGGAGAUAUCUAUGCCAUAAAGAAGAUGAAGUGGAAUGCCUGUGAGGAGCUUAAGAUCUUACAGAAGGUAAACCAUGGAAAUCUGGUGAAGUUGGAGGGCUUCUGCAUAGACCCUGAAGAUACAAAUUGCUAUCUGGUAUACGAGUUCAUUGAAAAUGGCUCUCUUUACUCUUGGCUUCAUGAAAGCGAGAAUGAAAAACUAAACUGGAAAACAAGGUUAAGGAUAGCCGUUGAUGUUGCAAAUGGUCUGCAAUAUAUCCAUGAGCAUACAAGGCCACGAGUUGUACAUAAAGACAUCAAAAGCAGCAACAUUCUAUUGGACUCCAACAUGAGGGCCAAAAUCGCGAAUUUUGGACUAGCAAAAUCAGGCUGCAAUGCUAUAACAAUGCACAUUGUUGGCACUCAAGGCUACAUUGCACCUGAGUAUCUAGCAGAUGGGGUGGUCUCAACAAAGAUGGAUGUUUUCUCCUUUGGGGUGGUUUUGCUUGAGCUUAUAUCUGGCAGGGAGGCCAUUGAUCAAGAAGGGAAGCUUCUGCAGGCAAGUGUUAAUGGAAUUUUGGAUGGGAAUGAGGAGAGGAAGGUGAAAAAAGUGAGGGAAUGGAUGGAUGGACGUCUACUGGAGGAGUCUUGCUCAAUGGAGAGUGUGAUAAGUGUAACGGCUGUUGCCAUUGCUUGUUUGAAUAAAGACCCUUCAAGGAGGCCUAGCAUGGUGGAUAUUGUUUAUGCAUUGUCUAAGAGUGAUGAUUUAUUUUUUGAUGUAUCAGAAGAUGGAUUAUCAGCUCCUCCGGUGGUUGCAAGAUAAAAUUGCUCAAGGUUGAGUUAAGGACCUCUUCUGUUGUAAUAUACUGUUAUACUAAACCAUUUUAGAGUAGUAACACUUUGCAUCAAACUAGCAGUAGCUGUCCGGCAUGUCUGAAACUUGACUCUCUCCAAUUAGUAUGCCUGUAAGGUUGUAGACUUGUAGUAGAUGUAGUUGUACCUUUAUAAACUUUUGAAGAGCAUGAGUUAUAUCACAAUUUAUAAGGUAAAUAAAGGACCGCAAAUUUUUAUUUUG